GCUCCACGCCACGCGCUGACUAAGACCCAGUCUGCCAGACCUGCCGCAGGAGCCACCCCCGUCGCACCCCCUCCCCCAAGGGCGGUGGCAGAUCAGCAGUGUGAGCAGUUCCACUCCUCCACCGAACGCGCACUCAGGACCCAGGCUCAGGACGAAAAGGUAGCUUCCCUCUUGGACGACAGUUAAAUGGCUGGAAACGACGAUGGAGGAUGGUUCCCCGGAUUGGGCAACAACAAGCCCAAGCCUAGGAGAAUGGGCAAGGCUGACUUCUUUGACCCAGCGUCGGGCAGAUCGACGCCUGACAAUUACAGCAUGAAUCAGGCCAUCUCGAGCGCUAAUUCCUCGCCGAGUACCAAAGCCACCGGAUCUCAGGAGGAGUUGGACAGUCUGCAGGAGGACUUGCUGCAAGUUACGGUCGACAGCGGAGGCGUUACAGAGGAAAUUGUCAUGGAACAGGCUACGGAACUUGCGGCUCAGCCCGUUGUUGAGGUCGAUGGAAGCUCACAAAACCGUCUGCUUAUCAAGAAUGGAAAGGUCGUAAAUGCUGAUGGAAUUGAAGACGCCGACGUCUUCAUUGAGAAUGGAGUCAUCACGCAACUAGGGCGCAACCUUAUCAUCCCUGGUGGAACUAGGACCAUCGACGCCAGGGGACGUUACGUGAUGCCAGGUGGUAUUGACACACAUACCCACAUGGAACUCGAGCUGAUGGGCGCCACCGCGGUGGACGAUUUCUACCAGGGCACCAAGGCGGCCAUCGCGGGUGGUACCACCAUGAUCAUGGACUUCGUUCUGCCACGAAAAGGCGAGAGUUUGAUCGAGGCGUUCGGCAACUGGAGGAGAAAGGCUGACCCCAAAGUGUGCUGCGACUAUGCCCUGCACGUCGGGGUCACUUGGUGGUCUGACCAGGUCAAGCAGGAGAUGACCGAGCUGGCCAAGAACCACGGCGUGAAUUCAUUCAAGAUGUUCAUGGCAUACAAAGAUCUGUACAUGAUCAGAGACCCUGACCUCUACAAGAUUUUCGAGCACUGCAAAGAGCUGGGAGCCAUUGCCCAGGUGCACGCUGAGAAUGGUGAUAUCAUUGCUGAGAACACAAAGAAGCUGUUGGAAGCUGGAAUCACGGGACCAGAGGGACACGAAAUGUCCAGACCAGAAGACGUCGAGGCUGAAGCCACCCACAGAGCCUGCGUAAUCGCCAACCAGGUGUCUUGUCCCUUGUAUGUAGUGCACAUAAUGAGCAAAAUGGCUGCGGAUGUGAUCGCCCUGAAGCGGAGCCAAGGGGCGGUGGUGUAUGGCGAACCGAUCGCCGCCUCCCUUGGCUCCGAUGGCACUAACUACCAUCACUCCUGUUGGCGACACGCGGCGAGCCACGUGCUCAGCCCACCGCUCCGCCCUGACCCUGAAACCCCUGACUACCUGGUGCAGAUGCUUGCUGAUGACGGUCUGCAAGUGACCGGCAGCGACAACUGCACAUUCAACUUCGACCAGAAAAAGCUCGGCCGCAACGACUUCUCCAAGAUCCCGAACGGCGUCAAUGGCGUCGAGGACCGCAUGUCGGUCAUCUGGGAGAAAGGCGUGCAGUCUGGUAAGAUGGACCCAUCCCGAUUCGUGGCCGUCACCAGCACCAACGCAGCAAAGAUCUUCAACGUCUACCCACAGAAGGGCUGCGUCGCCGUUGGAUCUGACGCCGACCUUGUCAUUUGGAACCCAAUUAAGUCCAGGGUCAUCUCCGCACAGACCCACCACCAGGCUGUGGAUUUCAACAUUUUUGAGGGCAUGGAGUGUCAUGGCGUGCCCGAGUACGUCAUCGUAAACGGCCGCGUUUGCGUUGACGAGGAGGAACUGAAGGCCGUCCACGGCUUUGGCAAAUUUGUGCCCACGCCUGCGUUCCCGCCAUACGUGUAUGACCAGGUGGAUGCCCGCGAGAAGGAGAAGAGGCCCCAGGGAGUGAUCCGCGGACCCAACGACGAGGACUACUCAGCCGAGCACAUGAACGGCUUGGCCGUCAAGGUGGAGAAAACGGUGCAAUUGGCCACUCCGGGCUCCCCAACCAACGACGGCCACAGCCACGGUCCAACCGCCUCUGGCGGCCGCAACAUGCAGGACACCACUUUCUCCCUUGCCGGCGAGUACCCUAAAGUGGCUGCUGAAGUCCAUGAUGAUGAUGUCGUGGUUGUUGCACGUGACGUUACACCAGCUCUGGAUGAUGAUCGAAAGACAAGUGUCAAGGUGAGGAAUCCGCCUGGCGGUCGUUCAUCAGGCGGCUUCUGGUAAAGCGAGAGCACAAAGGACACGCGCGCAUUUUGCUUCUUCUCACUCACCAAGCAGCUUUUCUUCUCCGACUCUAUCCCAAGUAAAAUAUCACACUUCUCCCGCUAAGUAAGUGGGCAAGUUAACCAAACUGCAGCACCUGCAUUUUUCUGUACCGAAAAAUAACGAGUUAGAGCGACGUUAACUGUUUAAUUUGAGAGCAAGUGCAUGUCUAGGCGUAGAGCUGUUUUUUUUUCUAAACCUGAUGAAAGCGACACUACUUGUCUUCACAGCGUGCUGAAUGUAUUUGGGUCAUGAAUAAAAAAUGCCUGGAUUAGGAAAAUUUAAAUGUAUGGCUAUAUUUCAAGAGUAAAUGGUUGAUUUGUAUUAUCGAAAAUGCAUUGAUAAUAAAUAUCUUAAUUUGUGCUAUAUGGAGAAACUAA